AUGGCAAACGAAGAACCCAAGGCAGGAGAUAUCAAUCCAGGUCGGCUGCCUGCUGAUUCAAAAGCCUACCGUCGGAAGAGAGCAGAGAUCGUCAAAGCAAGCAGAAAAAGGGAUGUUGGGCUGUUAGCUAAGCUCGCCACCUCUGAAGGAGGCUUGCUGGAAGAUGACAUACGAAAACAAGUUUGGCCAAUUCUUCAGGGAUAUGUACGUGCUACCCACACACUGGAACUUCCGCCACUGUCUGAGUUGCCAUGCCACGGCGACGAGGAUCAAGUCAAACUAGACGUGGAUAGAUCAUUUGUCUAUUACCCCAACUAUAAGACAGAGAAACAUCUCAAGGAUAAAAGAGAUGAACUACUUGACUUGAUCGUAUCAGUAUUGCGGCGAAACCCUAUGCUUUGCUAUUUCCAAGGAUACCAUGACAUUGCCCAGGUCCUACUCCUCGUUCUUGACCGUAAACAUGCCUAUCAAGCUCUGGAACAUAUCUCUCUCUUUCGCAUAAGAGACUAUAUGCUUCCAUCUCUCUCCCCCGCACUUACACAUCUUCAACUACUACCCGCUAUCAUCACAUCCGUAGACCAGAAACUUGGCCAACAUUUAUCCGGCACCAAACCAUUUUUUGCCCUUGCUGCCACCCUAACGCUUUACGCACAUGACAUCGAAGAGUACACUCACAUUGCCCGACUCUACGACUUCAUCCUCGCCCAUGAGCCGGUUGUAUCAAUAUACCUGUUUGCUACCAUUAUUCUCUCAAGAAAAGACGAAUUGUACGAUAUUCCUCAGGAUGAGCCUGAGAUGUUUCAUGGCGUCCUGUCAAAACUACCCCGCCCACUGGACCUCGAGACCCUGAUCUCGAAUACGGUACGGAUAUACCAAGACCAUCCGCCUGAGAAGCUCCCCUGUGGUGCGUGGAAAUCUAUACCCUCCUACAGUGUCCUUAAAACGCUGAGAAACCCUGGCUUGCAGUCAACUUCGGAUCAAGCAAGGGGCUACUUUCAUCAGCAGAUCCGGGGCCUGCAGCGGGCAAAGAUGCGUAAAGAUGCAGUAUUGCUUAUUCGAAAGCACUCUUUUUCCAUCAAGCUUGUUGGUGCCACAGUUGCUGUCGGGAUCCUUUCAUACUGGAUGAUGAAGCGAGAUCCUGACCUUGUAAAGCAUCUCUGGCGUUAUCUAGAACCUCUAAAGACUACCUUGGGGUUAUGA